AUGUCGUCCUCUCAACAGAAGACGACCAGCGUAGAUGACGCACCUCCUGCACUCCUCGCGUUGCCGGCCGAAAUGAAACUGCAAGUUCUAUCCCACCUGCCAGGCAGACAGAUUCAAGCUUGUCGCCGAGUUUGUCGGGAGUUCACAGAGCUCAUCAACUCGAGGGAAAAUCAGAAAGCGAUCAUCGAUCCCAUUCGCGCUCGUGCAGCUAAACGUCGCUGGCCUCUUCUUAAUGUAAUUACCUCGCCCUACAAGAAGAGCUUGUUCACCUCCCUCUUCACGUGGAUAUCGUGCCGCGGCAUUUGGCCAGACAUCGAACGCAAUCGAUGGAUCAUCCGAUCUGCUGCAAGGCAAUGGUCAAUACGCAUCUCAGACGAGAUCAAGGCGAUGCUGCACACGAUGUUCCGCACCAAUACUGCGUACCCUGUCGUCUUGCGGUGCGCAGAUCGACUGCUGGAGAUUAUCGCGGAGGCGUUGGUGCAGGCUUACAUCGAUGUUCACUUUCCGGACCUUUUUGUUGGUACCGAGAACACUGCGACACGGAUGUGUGAUGUGAGUACCAAGCGAAAGUUCUUCAGUGUAAUCGACAGUCGCAUCCAGCAAGUCGAUAUACAAUAUCUGGCUACCCAUCUCGGCUUGCCCCUAAGCAGAGCCCAGCUGGGCAGAUGGUACGACCGUAUUAUCGCGCGACGAGCGCCGGUCGCCUACAAAAACAGCACUGCCCUUCUGAACAUUCCCCGCGGACCUUCACCACAGCUGACUGUUCCGCAACUCCUCCUGACAGGGUUCAGUUACUGGUAUCAAGAACAUGACUUCGCAACUUCUAUCGGAGACCCUCGCCCAGUUGCAGUUGAGACCCACGGGCGAUGUACGGCGAAAGACUUGAGAGAAUUUCUCGGCUGCCGUAUACCGGUCGUUGAACCAUACGCGGCAUGGUAUGUACGGUGGCAGUGGGCUUACGAUCUAGUCUGCGAAGCGAUCGGUGGAAAGGCUCUGACGGAAAUUCAGAAGGCUGCGCUGCUUGAGGAGCUUCAUGUCUUUUGA